AUGGCAUCCGUAGCUUCCGCCCGUUAUGGCAAGGAGAAUGUCCGGGUGCACAAAGUCGAGAGAGAUCCUACCACCGGCGUGCAGACCGUCACGGAGAUGACUGUCUGCGUCCUCCUUGAGGGUGAAAUCGAGACAUCAUACACACAAGGCGAUAAUAGCGUGGUCGUAGCUACCGAUUCCAUAAAGAACACCAUCUACAUCAAGGCCAAAGAGCACCCAGUGACCCCUCCCGAACUCUUCGCCAGCACCGUCGGCACUCAUUUUAUCCAAACCUACCCACACAUCACCACUGCUAACGUCAAGAUCGUAACACAUCGAUGGGCACGGAUGACGAUCGACGGAAAGCCACAUCCGCACUCGUUCUACCGCGAUGGGAACGAGACUCGCAAGGUCGAGACGGUUGUCACCAGGGGCGAAGGCAUCAACAUACGCAGCGGGAUUGCGGGAUUGCUGGUGUUGAAGAGCACCGGCUCCCAAUUCCACGGGUUCGUCAGAGAUGAAUACACCACGCUGCCCGAAACCUGGGAUCGCAUCUUGAGCACAGAUGUCGACUGUACUUGGUCGUGGGAGGCGUUCCCGACUUUGGACGCCGUCAAGGAGAAUGCCCCGAAAUUCGAUAAGGCAUUCGAAGAUGCGAGAAAUAUCACGAUGAAGACUUUCGCCGAAGAGUCCAGUCCAUCUGUGCAGAAUGUCAUGUUCAAGAUGGGCAAGUCGAUCUUGGAAGCUGCCCCUCUGGUCAAGGUAGUCGAUUAUUCGUUGCCCAACAAGCAUUACUUUGAAAUUGAUCUGAGCUGGCACCGGGGCCUGAAGAAUACUGGCAAGGACGCCGAGGUUUAUGCUCCUCAAUCCAGUCCGAAUGGACUUAUUCAAGUCAGUGUUACUCGACCUGAAAUUACCUCGAAGUUAUAG